AUGGCCCCCUUUAUCCCUUGGUUUUUAAUUUCUAUCCCUCGCGUUUUGCCCAUCCAGCACACCCUCUUCUCCUCCCUUCUCUGUAGCCAAACUCAGCUCUCUCUCUCGCUCUCGCUCGCUGGCUCGUUCUUUCGCCUACACCCAGCAACCCCAACCCAGACCGAUGCUCCAAAUUUCCAGUAUUAUGAAGGUAUCUUCUUCUUGGCGCGUCAUAAACUCAAAUUCAGCCCUGCAAAUCGCAAUUAUGGCCAGACCAGUCAUGCUCCACACCUCGUUUAA